AUGCUUCGGCUUGCUGCUUCGUCCAUUGCUCUGCGGUCGUCUGUGGCUGCCACUCGCUCUUCUGCUGCUGCUGCUGCUGCUGCUGCUGCUCUGGCUGCACGGACACUCUCGUCGUCUGCAUCCACCGCUGGCCUUGGUCUCGGUGCUGGCGCUGUGCACUCGUCGGCCGCGUCGGUGCCGUCGGGCAAGCCUGGCAAGGACAUGCGCGACGCCCGCUUCAUCAACCGCGAGCAGCAGACCAACAAGCAGAUUGCCAACGACCUCAUUGCCCAGGCAAAGAUCAUUGAAAUCCCUUCACGCUCGGUCUGGUGCGACGGCGGCGGCGGUGCGCUUGGUCACCCCAAAGUUUACAUCAACCUUGAUCCCCCAGGCCCCCAACCCUGCGGCUAUUGCGGUCUUCGUUUCGUCAAGUCAGAGCAACAUGGUCACGGCCACGGUCAUGGUCACGCCCAUGAACAUUAAAAAUCAAACAAAAGAGUUUGCCUCGCUUGAUCCCAACUCGAUUUUUUUCUUUGGUUGUGAAUAAUGAAACCCGUUGCGGAAAAAAAAACCGGCACAAG